CGUCCAGAUCCCACCAUACCCCAUCCUUGGCCCCCAUACACCACGUACACAGCAUGGCGGCGGGAGAAUCAUCCGCAGCCGCAUCGGCAUCCAAGGCUGCCUCCGCAGAGGGCGGCGGCGCAGCCAACAAGGGCGCAUCGUCCGCCGCGUCCAAGAAUGAUGCUCCCGUAGACACCCCUUCUCCCUCUGGCGCAGGAUCCUCGGCGUCCGGAUCCAUCACCACUGCAGCAGUGAUGGAGUAUCUCAAGGCUCGAGGGUUUCAGAGGGCAGAGGCAGCUUUCAAGGCCGAGAUGAAGGCCCUCGCCUCGGGCAAGAGCCCAGAGGCAGCUCAAGCCGAGGGUAUCCUAGCAGCUGGGCCCGGAUCGAAUCGUACAAUGACACUGGAGGAGCUGGCCGCAAAAAGUGCGCCAAGAGAUGAUACCACAAUGGAAGAGCUGGCAGUAGAGGCAUUGAAGACGGACAGGACAGACAGGAUACGCGGAUUUGGCAUGGUCCGCAAUUGGUGCGAAGGUGGAUUGGACCUAUACCAGGCCGAACUACGUCCGCUUCUUCUACCUCUAUUUAUCCAUUCGUACCUGGAUCUCAUCGAGAUGGGAUCAGAAAGCGCUGCUUUCUCCCUCUUCGCUUUACACUCCUCGGCUCUGCUUCCGCAACAACUCUCCUUACUCUCCCACUUGCGCUCCAUCACCUUCGCAAGUCAUCUUACAGGUGACGAGCUCGCUCAACGCUUCAGGUCGGAGAGGUAUGUCCUCAAGAUGAGCCAGACCGUCUUCGGCCUUUUGCUGGGUUGGCUCACUGAUGGGACAGGGCCAAUGGCAGCUGCUGGCGCGGCAGAAGGCGUUGGAGGAGACACGGCAGAGGCUCCAGCAAUGAGGGGCAGACUGGCCAUGCUGCGAAUUAUCAACGAGCGUUGUAGAAUCCAAGUUCUUCGGGCCAAACCAUACGAGCUCACGCCGGCAGCACUCGAAGAAGGAACGGGUCUCACUGGAUCCGGCAUCCCAUCAGGGUCUGCCGGCAAGGCCUCACAACAACACCCCUCCCUGCAAGCCAAUGCAGUUUCAGAAGGCGGCGAUGCGAUUGCCGAAUUCAAUGCAAAGAAUGCUGGCCCCCAGCUGAAGCUCGGUCCUCAAAUACCGCUGAACGAUCGGCUGAAGGAGGAAGUUCAGCGGGAAGUGGACGAUGAGCUGCGCAAGGAGGAAGAGCAGAGAAAGGUCAAAGAGGAAGCGGAAGGCAAAAAGAAAGGAAAAGGAGAAGCCGAAGGAGACGACGCACAAGGUGUCACGGCCAAGGAGGACGAGGAGAUGGACGGCCCGGAAUCUAGUGAGCGAAAGCAGCGCGAAGGCUCGGCCGAUGGCGCCAGGCGGUCUCGAUCAAGAAGAGCUUCCUCUGCCAAAUCCAAGGAGGGUACACCUGCGGACACGCCGGGUCCGAGUGCGGCUAAGCGGACGGCGUCUGUCGCACCAGUGGCAUCUAGCACAAUUGCUGGCCAGUCUAUCGAGUCGGACUUGCUGCAGCCAUCGCUGUCAGACCUGCCACCUCAGCCGCCGCUCUUCCGCACGGUAGACAUCAUGCGGGAAGUGGCCAAGGUACGCGACGCACGCAAGAGCCUUAGGAUUGACCUGACCCUGCUCAACCGAGGUAGCGGUGGUCUAGGAGCUAGCGACGACAAGGGUGUAACGGACACGAUGCGGAGAGCAGCGCUUCCAAGCGUCUGCGCAUAUACCUAUCAUGAUGUCGAAGACGGCCUUGCCUGCUCUACCUUCUCUGAGGAUCUGUCAUUAAUGGCGGCUGGCUUCGAAGAGAGCUAUGUUCAAGUGUGGAGCUUGAAGGGCCAGCCACUAAGGAGUCUCAAAGGGGACGUGACGCUCGCUGGCGUCAGGGAUGCAAACACACUGAACGAGCAACGGAGAGUAGAAGAGGACCUGCCUACACGCAAGCUGAUAGGACAUUCGGCGCCCGUCUACUCUGUUUCCUUUGACCCAUUGGGCGGUACAGCCUCACCGCCUCGUACCCUCCUCUCCGCCUCGGGAGACUCCACUGUCCGCCUCUGGUCUAUGGACACUUACUCUGCUCUCGUUGCCUAUCGUGGUCACCAGGGUCCAGUGUGGGACGUCGAGUACGGUCCGGGAGGGAUCUACUUUGCGACUGCUGGAAUGGACAAGACAGCAAGGCUGUGGAGCACGGAGCGGAUCAACCCACUGAGGAUGUAUGCUGGCCAUCUCAGCGACGUAGAUUGUCUCUCCUUCCACCCUAAUUCCCUGUUCCUAGCAACCGGAUCUUCAGACCGCACCUGUCGUCUCUGGGACGUCCAACGCGGCGCCUGUGUGCGUCUCUUCGUAGGACACUCUUCCCCCAUCAGCACCCUCAAGAUCUCCCCCGACGGGCGGUACCUCGCCUCAGCUGGGUCCGGCUCCCCUUCCCACUUCACCGGUAGCGCGACUGCUGGUGCGGGAGCUGCUCUGGGUAGCGACCAAGAAGCGACAAUUUCCCUGUGGGACUUGGGCAGUGGAAAGCGCGUUAAGAAGAUGUGGGGUCACACCGGCCGGGUGCACUCCCUUGACUUCUCAAACGACGGUGGACUCCUCGUCAGUACAGCCCAGGACGGUACGGUGCGCUGUUGGGAUGUCAAAUCCGCAGGAGGGGCGCGUAACUCUUCGUCCACUACCCUCAGCGGUGUAGGCGUUGGUGGUGCUGCCACUGGCGGGGGGAUGAUGGGCGAGUCCACCACCCAGCAGCAGCAGCAGCAAGCCAAUUCUUCUUCCUCGGACUGUGUAGCCACCUUCAAGACGAAGCGGACACCGAUGAUCGACGUCAAGAUGACAAAGAGGAACUUGUGCCUCGUGGCUGGAGGGUUUGGUGCUUGAGAUUUUCUUGUCUCUCCUGCUUUUUUGGCAGUGUCUACAGUGUACUUGUUCCCUGACUAAUGGCAUUCUUUGCAUCUCCGCU